AUGACUGAAUAAAAUUAAGAUAUCUCAUAGUAAUUAAUGCAAAAUAACAUAAAUGAUGAUAAAUUUUGGGAAUUAAAACCUUAAACUGAAGUUGAAACCUAGAUUUAAGAACAAUAACAAGAGUAAAUUCUUGAUUAAGUUUAAAUAAAUGAAGGAAACCCAAAAAAUCUACAAGGCUUUUGGGGAGUAUGCAUAUUUUAAUGCAUUGGAGAUUGUCUAGCAACUUUUUGUAUUGAAAUGAUCGCAAGAGGUUUAUGUUGA